UUAAUUUAACCCUCGCAUGACAUCAUGUACAACGUGCAAACAUAUUAUUUCCGCUUCCAGUUGUGCCUUUUCCGUUUUCGAUUCCUUUCGUGUUGUCAGCGUCAAACAUGGACAGCCGUUCUAUCUCGAAGAAAAGAAAGUUUGUCGGAGACGGAGUCUUCAAAGCCGAAUUAAACGAGUUUUUAACUCGUGAACUUUCGGAGGAUGGCUAUUCAGGGGUAGAGGUACGUGUUACUCCUCAUCGUACAGAAAUUAUAUUGUUGGCAACGCAUACCCAGAAUGUUCUCGGAGAAAAGGGUCGAAGAAUCAGAGAGUUAACUUCUGUGGUUCAAAAACGAUUUAACUUUAAAGAAGCACAGAACAUCGAGUUGUAUGCUGAGAAAGUUGCGACUCGAGGUCUUUGCGCUAUCGCACAAGCAGAAUCUCUGCGUUUCAAGUUAAUUGGAGGUUUAGCUGUACGAAGGGCUUGCUAUGGAGUUCUGCGCUUUAUUAUGGAAUCAGGAGCAAAGGGUUGCGAAGUGGUUGUUAGUGGCAAAUUGCGUGGACAGAGAGCAAAAUCCAUGAAAUUCGUUGAUGGUUUGAUGAUUCAUUCUGGGGAGCCAACCAACGAAUAUGUAAACACUGCAACCCGUCAUGUCCUUCUUCGACAAGGUGUACUUGGUAUCAAAGUGAAGAUUAUGCUGCCCUAUGAUCCUCAUGGCAAGACAGGCCCUAAAAAACCUCUCCCAGAUUCUGUGUCAAUUGUUGAACCAAAAGAUGAGGUAUUUCCUUCACAACCGACAUCUGAAGUGAAAGCAUCGAAGGAUUUACCACAACCAAUACCACUUGCAGUGUAAUUUUUAUGUAAAUGUAAAUAAAUUUUAUUGUAAAUAACUAUUUAAUAUAAUUUCUAAAUAACAUUCGUUUGUGAUAAAAUUAUUUUAAAGUAUCUUUCAAGAAUAACUACGACUAAGACAAUUAUCCACUGCUAAAUACCAUUUUACCAGGAAAUUCAUAGAAUGACCCAUAUUUGUAUGAAAUAAUAAAAAAAUUAUUUCGUUAA